CCCCCCUGCGCGGAGCGGUUGCGGCCCCCCAGCUUGGCUGCCACCGCCCCCUCCGCGCCGCGGAGCGCUCGGAGCGGCGCUGCCUGCAGACGGGCUCCCUGCGGCGCUCCGGGGCGGCCCCCAGCUCGGCCCCCCGCUCCUCCGCCAUGGACGGGGCGGCUCGCCGGGGGGUGCUGGCCGCGCUGCUGGCCUGCGGGCUGCUCCUGCUGGGCGCCGCGGCCACCCCGACCCCGCCGGCCCCCGCCGGCGGCUCCCCGCAGGACACAUGCACCUCCUGCGGCUUCCGGCGGCCCGAGGAGCCGGGCAAGGUGGACGGGGAUUUCCUGGAGGCGGUGAAGAGGCACAUCCUGAGCCGGCUGCAGAUGCGGGACCGGCCCAACAUCACGCACGCCGUGCCCAAGGCGGCCAUGGUCACGGCGCUGCGCAAGCUGCACGCCGGCAAGGUGCGGGAGGACGGCCGCGUGGAGAUCCCCAGCCUGGACGGGCAGGCGAGCGCCGGGCCCCCGGCCCACGACCCGGUCUCCGAGAUCAUCAGCUUCGCCGAGACAGACGAUCUGGCCUCAUCUAGAGUCCGCCUCUAUUUCUUCAUCUCGAAUGAAGGGAACCAGAACUUGUUUGUCGUUCAAGCCAGCCUGUGGCUUUACUUGAAGCUGCUUCCAUAUGUCUUAGAGAAAGGCAGCAGGCGAAAAGUAAGAGUCAAAGUCUAUUUCCAAGACCCGGACACUAGCAACAAGUGGAAUGUGGUUGAAAAGAAAGUUGAUCUCAAAAGAAGUGGUUGGCACACUUUUCCCAUGACAGAGGCGAUCCAGGCUCUGUUUGAGAGGGGAGAAAGGAGACUGAACUUGGAUGUUCAAUGUGAGGGCUGUGAAGAGUAUUCAGUGCUGCCAAUUUAUGUGGACCCCGGGGAGGAAUCCCACCGGCCUUUUUUAGUGGUGCAAGCCCGCCUCGCCGAUAACAAACACAGGAUCCGGAAAAGAGGCCUGGAGUGCGAUGGCAGGACCAAUCUAUGUUGCAGGCAACAGUUUUACAUUGACUUUAGACUCAUUGGGUGGAAUGACUGGAUCAUAGCACCAUCAGGUUACUAUGGGAAUUACUGUGAAGGGAGCUGCCCGGCCUACUUGGCCGGUGUCCCGGGGUCGGCUUCCUCUUUUCACACCGCUGUCGUGAAUCAGUACCGAAUGCGGGGGCUGAACCCGGGCACCGUGAACUCCUGUUGCAUUCCAACCAAACUUAGCACAAUGUCAAUGCUGUACUUUGAUGAUGAAUACAACAUUGUGAAAAGGGACGUUCCCAAUAUGAUUGUGGAAGAAUGUGGUUGUGCUUGAUUUAAGGUGUGUUUUGGGGGGGAGAGAGAGAGAGAGGGAGAGAGAGAGAGAAACAUUCCUGUACAAGAUGGUGUUGGAGGAAGUUUCACUGUGUAUCCAGGCAUCAGUGUUGGAAAGUCACUGUGGAAAAGUUUGACAAAAAAAAAAAAAAAAAGAAAAAAAUAA